GUUGCGAAAAUGCAACGUCAUAUCCAUAUGUUAUUCUAAUUAGGUAUUCUGCAUUGAUUGCACUAAUUGUUAAAAACAACAUCUAACAUUUCGUAAUUUCGAAACGGAUGUAAAUUGUUAUAGGAUACUUGCGUUAGCAUAGUAUUGGCAUAAAUAUAGGGUUGCCGCCGGCACGUAUUUGGUGAUUUAUGAUUAUUGGUGAUAUGAUAAAGUAACAUUAUCAUAACCGGGAUAAACACCUUAAUCUCUUUAUUCACUGUUUUGGAUGUUUCAUCAGCGCAAAACAUACGUUUUAAAACCAAUGUUUUCUUGUUAGGUGUUUAACUUAUUCUAAGUACACUAAAAUAAUAUGUUUGAAUAUUGGCUUUUAAACCAAAUUGAGAAUAAUUACAAAAAUAAUUUAGUAGUAUAAAUUACUUUAGCAACAUGUUAUCUUGCCGCUAUGGAGUGAUUUCUUGAAUAAGAUUACCUACACCUAAGAUACCACUAUCACUUAAUCACUUAAUAAGUGUGCCUCGAUUUUGCAUUUUAAACACCGUAGUAUAUUAAGUUAGUCAUACAAAUGGCUUACAUGCAUUUAUUACGAGUACUAGUAAAAUGAGGACUGUGACACCCCUGAUUCGUUUAGUAAAAUCAUCAAUAAAUUGCUAUUAAUAAACCAUCAUUCUAAUUGUUUAUUCCUUUGCUACUUUGCUCUUUACAGUGCACAUUACGUACUCAUACGUCUUAUAAAUAAUAAGUUCGAACCACCGUCAUUUCUACAUAUAACAUGUCGGACUCCGAGUUUGAAACUAUUGUACCCCUAAAUAACAAGACUGGAGGUGCGAAAGCGAAAAAACCGGUGCAGAAAAGAAAGUCCGAUGCUGCUAAUAGGUCCGAUUCAGAACGAGAGUGGGAAGAAAUUGACGCGGGGACCAAGAAGGUGAAGAAGCCUCGCCAGGCGAAAUCUCCUAGGACUACUAGUGGAGCGUCUAAGAAAAAGACUGCCAGCAACCCCUUCGACGUCUUCGAGCUAUUUCCUGAUGACGAGGCAUUUGCGAAAAAUUGCCCUACACCAGACCAGCUACGCUCGUCUAUAACUCAACGCGUGGCUGAUGGAUUGACUCGGCGUGCUGCUGAUCUUGAGGGGGAGUUUUUCUUGGAGCUGCGAGUAUACAACACCGCCGAUAUACGCAGUGAGUUAGCGGAGCAUAAGUGGAAAAAGGCCCUUCUGGCAGUUAAAGCGCAAAUAAAUAACGAUACUCCUCAGUGGGAAUAUCUACAAAAACUCACAAAGCAUUUAAGAACUCUUUUUGACGAUGCUGAAGUUACAUUUUUUCACAACAAAAAAGGUUAAAAAUUCAGCAUUGUCAAAAAUAAUUUUUAAGUGUAUAUUUUGAACUGUAUUCGGAUACCACACAUAUACAUAUAGGUACUUACUUUAGUUAGAUAAAUACUUAUUUUACUGUUUUAUACGCGAAUUUAGUUAGGUGGAACUAAAAUGCCUUUUUGCUCUGCCUGUUCAAUCCAAGUUCUGAAAAAUAAAUGGGUUGGUCAUUUGAGAAGUACUAAACACAAAAAUAAUUCUUUAGUGGCAGUAACUGAUGGCGUAAUUGAGAUUUCGUCUGCCUUUCAGGGUCGUAUAUCAUCUUAUAGAGUUUUCGGAUCUGAAGAGCUAGAAUUUGCUAUACCUGAACAGUUUUUAGAUAAUUUAACGUCGAAACUAGAAAAUAUUAUAAAACAGUGUUUGAUAAAGCACGUGUGUUUAAAAAUCAAUUUCGAGUAUUUUGGAAACUUUCUUUUAUUUAAGAACAACCGGCAGGAAACAAAGUCGUUUACGACAAAAAACUUCACAGUACAUCAAAACUAUACAUUUUCUGAGUUAUACCAAAAAGUUAUAAACGACAUAAAAAAUAACAUUGAAAAUUUUGAGCAGCGCGAUAGUGGAUGGACUUUCUUAUCUAAUUUAUAUUUAGAGGUUAAUGUUAACAAAUACCAGCCUCUGAAAGGAUCUUCUUACAUAGAUUUACCUAAGUCUAUUAAAAACAAGAAAGCUUGUAUUAACAUACAGAAUAAAGAUGAAUAUUGUUUUCUGUGGAGUAUUGUUGCUGCGCUUUAUCCCUCAAAAAAUCACAAAGAGCGUACGGCCUCAUACCCCUACUUUAAAGACGUGUUGAAUAUUGAUGGUCUCAGUUUUCCCAUAACUUUCUCUGAUAUUGGUAUGUUUGAGCAUAAAAAUGUGGGUUUAAGUAUUAAUGUGUAUUCUUUAAUGGAUAAUCGUACAGUGGCAGGACCUAUUUAUAGAUCUCAAUAUAAAAGGAGUAAGAAAAUUAAUUUACUUUUAAUAGAGAAAGGAAAUAAAUCGCACUACGUUUUAAUAAAUAAUUUGUCUCGAUUGGUUCGUUCCCAAAUAACUAAACAUCAUGGUAAACUUUACUUUUGUGAAGAUUGCCUCUUAUUUUUUCCUUCCCUAGACAAGUUUGAAAGUCACUCCUGUAGUGGAAUCGCCACUGUACUCCCGGAAAGAGGUACAUAUCUACAAUUUAAACAUUAUGAACGUCACUAUAAUGUUCCUUUUGUAGUUUAUUGUGACUUUGAAACAAUUCUUAGGCCAUUUCAAUCAUGUGAGCCUGAAAAGGAACCUCAGGGAAGUUUCACUGUAAAUAAACAAAUGCAUAUACCCGCAGCUUUUGCCUAUAACAUAGUCUGCUCUUAUGAUCAACGCUUAAAUAGAUUUAUUCAAUACAGAGGACCCGACUGUGUUUCUAAAUUUUUAAAAUAUUUAUACAGACAUGUUGAAGAUAUUUAUAAAAUAUUGCGUGAAGAAGUGCCUAUGAUUUUCACAGAA